AUGGUGCGCGAGGAUCUCAUCACAUCGGCCGUCUCGUUCCUCCAGGACCCGUCGGUUGCCAGCGCGCCCCUGGAGAAGCGCAUAGCAUUCCUGCAGUCCAAGAACCUCACCCAGGAGGAGAUCGACGUCUCCCUCGCCCGCGCCGCUGAAGAUGCCGGCCAACCUGCGCCUCCUCCACAAACAUCCGCAGUAGCCACCAAUGCGUCAUACAGGCCACAGCCGGCAGCCCCAUAUGCAAGCUAUCCGCCCCAAGGAUACUGGCAACCACCACCACCACCGCCAGAACCGCCGAAACGCGACUGGCGCGACUACUUCAUCAUGGCGACGGUCAUGGGUGGCGUAGGAUACGGACUCUACUUUACCGCAAAGCGAUACGUCCUACCCCUGAUACAGCCGCCUACGCAGCCCCAGCUGGAGCAAGACAAGGCCUCUGUCGACGAAUCAUUCAAGCGUGCCUUUGACCUUCUCGAGCAACUCAAUACCGACACUACCGCACUCAAGGCAUCCGAAGAGGCCCGGACGGCAAGACUUGAUGACGCCCUGGGUGAGGUGGAAAGCGUAUUGUCAACCCUCAAAGAAUCAUCCAAGCGACAAGGAGACGACAACCGACGAAUUGAAGAUGACGUCCGCGGCCUGAGGGAUCUGAUCCCCAAGGCAUUGGAGUCUCACAAGGAAGCCACCGACAACAGACUGAAGGAGCUGUCUACUGAGUUGAAGAGUCUGAAGACAUUGAUUGGAAACAGAAUGGGUUCAGCUGCUCCUCGUCCUCAGAACGCCUCGGGUUACUACGGAGCCGGUCAGCAACCAAGUGCUCCCCAGACUCCCAACGUGAAUGGCACAUCCUCUGUUUCAACACCCACACCCCAGGCACCAUCUACGCCUGCGCCAGCUGAGCAGGCAAACGGCACUUCUAGUGCUGACAGCCAAGCCAACGGCCUUGCAACCCCCUCGGCCUCAUACAGCAGCAGGAUGCCCACUGGACGCGCUGCCAUUCCAGCAUGGCAAAUGGCUGCCGCGAAGAAGACUGAGGAGGCCAAGAAAGACACGAGCGAAAGCGGAACAGCAGUCGAGGCGAGUGCAAGCUCGUAG